AAACAAAUGACAACAGUAGGAUAUUAUUGGGCAUUCUAUUCCACCUUGCAUUCGUUUGAGCUCACUUCUCACCGCGCCGACGGCGGCGCGUCUCGUCGUUCGCCCAAUCGAAUGCAAGGUGUAAUAGAACACCCAAUAAUAUCGGAGUGUAACCGUCUUGGUCCAACCGAUGAACGAAAAUUACUUGCACUUAAACAACGAUGAUAUGGUUUUACAAAGAAAUAAAAAAACAGGUUAAAUGCUAGGUACUCACCAAAAAAACCAACGAGCAAAAACAUUUAAGCACAACACACCAUAACAUUAGUUAAAGGAUUCCCAAGUUAUACCGACUCUUGUAUAUCAAAAAGAUAGAUUGAAUAACCAUAAUUAAAGAUACAACAGCACAUAUUAUUAUUCACGGUAUUAUUGAGAUGUCUUUUUCGCUUCUUCGAUGACAUAAAAUAUUUUUUAGGGUAAAGUAUACUUGUAUUAUUUAUAUUUUGUCCAAUUACAUUAUAUUUCGUGACCAGAUUGGCGUCUCCCACUCUAACAUGUUUCAGUCUUACAAAUAAAUCUGGUGUCAGUUUGACUUCUCGUGAUGAUUUUUCAGACAAUGACACAAAACAUAGAAUUUUCGACUUUAUAAUAUUUUGCGAUCAGAUUGACGUCUCCCACUGUUAGAAAGAUUCAACACCACAAAUAUCUUUGCGAUCAGAUUGACGUCUCGUGUUGGUCUCUCAUGUUAACAGUGACACAAAAAAUUACAGUUCGUCUCAAUUCAAUUUUGUGGUCAGAUUAACGUCUCCCAUUGUAAGAAAGAUUCAACACCCCAAAUUUAAUUUGCAAACUCGUUAGAGUGACACAAAAUUUACAAUGAGUUAUUUUAUUGGCAAAACUAAGAAAUACUCGUAUUUUUACCUGUAUUAUAUUUCAUGCCUAGUAGUAGAAACACUGAGAACACCUUAUGUUCCCGCAAAAAAUAUGUGAUCAGAUUGACGUCUCCUGUAUAUCUUUUAUUACAGCAAAUACAGAACAUUUUACAGAAUGAUGAAACUUUAACUAAAUCCUCUUUGGGUAUCCUUUAUUAGGAUUAUUUUAAUUUAAUUUACUGCAUAAUAACAACUUCACUGACACUUUGAUUAGAACGGUAUUAUGACUGACUAUGUAUGCGGUGUAGGUAACCGACAGGGGUUAGUAAUCAGUGGUUCAUAAUUGCAACUUCAAGGAGUUAUUAUUAAUUUAUUCCAAGCAUAAUUAUACCCUGCACACACCAAAUAGUAUAAAUUGUACUGUCUCGUUCCUGACUUUAUAUUUGGUUUUCAUUUAUUUAUUGCUCAAAGUAAUUAUCUGUGACCCAGACCUGACGCAGACAAAACUUCUCAGUUUUUUGUAAUCUCAGAUAAUAUUACCUACAUGACUUAUCAGUAUAAAAAAAAUGGAUAAGUAAUGAAUUUCAAUAAUCCUUAAAAAAAUAUAAAAACAUUUAUAGUUCUAAUCCUAAAAAAGGUUUACUAUCUAUGUCAUACCUAAAUAGUAGACCAGGAGCAAGACAGAAAAAAAACAUUCUUACAAUAAUAUGCGAUAAACUUCUAAAUUAUAUUAUCUUUAAAUACUUCAAAUAAUUUGUCUUAAGUAUUAUUAGUAUUAUUAGUACUUAUUAAAGUUGUACUACUACUUAGAAGUUUUUUUCUUUUUUCAUUCGGUAUCUUGCUUGUUACCUAUGCAAGUAUCAAUGUUUAUAUCCACGUAAUCUACGUUAUAAGUAGCCAUACAUAAAUACAAUCAUUUUUUAUUUUUAUAUAUGUACCUAUAGUAGAAGCAUACGUUAUAGUGAUCGCUUUCAGUAGGUAUCACAAAAAACAAAAAAAAAACUUGAAACGAUCAAGCUAUUUAAACAAUAAAUAUUUGAAUCAACCAAAUUACAAUACACGGCUCUUGGACUAUUUUCAUUUCAUACCUAUGUUAAGCCCUGCACUUACUUCAGAUUGCACAACUUCCUGACAAGUAAUACGAUAUUAUUGUUUUCACUGAAUGACGCAAGUUGCGCGACCGCAUCAAUUGGUCUCCGAAAUAUGCUGACUCUAUGGCUAUUGCGUACUGCCGUGACCUCGCCGGAGGCCAACAUGAGUGGUUAGGCAUAUGCUUUUUGGAGGUGGUGCAAAAAUUUAAGGUGUUUGAAACCAAAAUGUAAUAACUAUUGUUUUUGCUUCCGAUUUAUAAACAUAAUUAAUCCUACGAACAAAGCUCAUUUUCAUUUUUGUUUUAAAUCAGUACUUGAUACUUAAAUUUAAACACAAAAAAAUAUAUAUAAACCUGUAUAUUUAACGAUUUCCCUAAAACUCUUCAGUGCCGAAAUCGUCUUCAGUACCAUCUCGUUACUCUGUGCGUGUUACUCUCUGCGAUCACCUCGCUACUUGUCGCUAGCUUCUCGUCGUAUCCAAGUUCCUGAUAUCGAAAUGUCGGACUCAGAGUUUGAAUAUCCUGGUGUGCCAGUGCCUGUGCAGCUAAGCAAGAAGCAGAAGUCUCCAGCAGGCUCCAAGCGCAAGGCUACGACGAGUUCCAACGAGGCUAGGUCGGACUCAGAGUUAGAAUAUCCUGUGCAGCUGAGCAGGAAGCCGAAGUCUCCAGCGGGCUCCAAGCGCAAGGCGUCGAGUUCCAACGAGGAAGCGGCUAGAUCUACCACUAAGAAGAAGCCGGCUGGAGAUCUCUUCGCAAUUAUUCGCGACGCCGAGAAGGUCGCGAAAACCUGCCCAGAGCAGCAUCAGCUGGGCUCCAGUAUCGUGACGCGAGUUGCCAGCGGUCACGUUCGUCGCGCCGCUCCCACGGAAGGGGAGUUUUAUGUGGAGCUCAAGGUGUAUAACACCGUCGAUGCUGCCAGCACCACUUCACAAGAAAGGUGGAAGAAGGCUCUGGUGACUGUUCGGUUGCAAGCCGAUCAAGACACGCCUCACUGGGAGGCCUUACAAAAAUUCAUGAAGAGUGUAUACACACUCUUCGAAGACACUGAGCCAACAUUUUAUGGCGAAAAAAUAAACAUAAAAUAA